UGUGAGCAUUCAUGUUUAUAAUUGGUCCCUUAGCGAGGAUAUUUCGGUUUCUCAAGGUCAUCUUCCCGUUUUUGUCAUUCGCACCUGUUAUUUUCCUUUAUUUGCAGUGAUGAGCUUGUCAUCAAGACUAUGUUGCUUACGCAACCUCACCGGUCCUGGGUAUCGUUUGACAACAAUCCCAGGAUCUACUGUGGGAUUUCUGCGACCGAAUCUAGUUGUGCGUUGUUCCAAAGCAGCUAAGGGUAGCUCAAGUGAACAAGUUCGUAAGCAAGCUGAGAAGGAAAUGCAGUCUUUCUGGGAAAAGAAUAUCUCUGUGAAGCGUCCAUGGUCUCCCCAUCUUCAAGUGUACUCUCCACCACUAGUUAUGAGAUUCUCAUUUCUCCAUCGGGCCACUGGCAUUGCUAUGGCUAUUGUUUGGUCAUCUGUAGGAAUCGGCGCUUUCUUUUUUACUGGCCAUUAUGAAGCUAUGCUUGAUUACGUCAAAAGUAUGCAGUUGGGUGGUGCUGUCAUAGCUGCUUGUAAAUUCGUCUUAUGUUACCCAUUGGUGUAUCAUUAUUUGAAUGGAAUGAGACAUUUAGCCUGGGAUUAUGCUAUUGGUUUUCCAAUCAAAACUUGUAACACCACUGGUUUCAUUGUACUGGGAUCUUCUCUGCUCAUUUCUGCCAUUCUAGCGUGCAUUCGAUUAUAGUGCUGUGAAAAAAACACACAAGUCUAAUGGGUUGUAUUACCACCGCUUGUUAUUUGAUGAAAUGUCUUUUGUCCUUUUAAAUGAUUUUAUGCCUAGUUCUUAAAUCUAACUUUCAGUACUUGUAUUUGUCUUCAAAAAAUAUACAUAUUUAACAUUAUCUAACUUUGAGUGUUUCUUAUACUGUCUGUGA